GACUACAUAUCCUCUAAUGUUCAAUUCUUGAAUUAAUUUAAUUAUAGAAACUCAGAUUCAUGACCUUCAAUUUGGCACCCUCAAAACUGCCCAUCCCAUGCAGGCACCCGAAGACGACACUUGGACAGCAAGACAAGAAAAUGAAGAUGCUGAGGAAGAAACGAAGCCCGCCCAGCUUGCUUCGGUGUCGGAGAAGCAGUUAACCGCAAAAUGCAAGCCAGAUAUCUUGACGUACUGCCCUACUAUGGACUUGGUGGCGCUUGCGACGGAAGAUGAGCAGGUUCAUGUUUUCCGGCUGAAUGGGCAGAAGGUGUUUGGCGGGUUUGCGCGUGGCGGAGGGGAGGGACUGAAAGUGAAGGCGCUGAAGUGGAAAGCCAAUGGUCAUCUUCUCGCUGUGGGCACUUCGGAUAAUAAUGUCCGUAUUUUAAGUGCGUACAGCGGAAAGACCGUGCAUGUUCUGGCGUGCAAGCCAGCUCCGGCAUAUGGUCCGGGAGUUUCCCCGCGGGAUCCGGGCUCCAAGUCGUCGGCCUCGAUUUGCUGCUUGGGUUGGGGGGUAAACCUGACGGAUAGCAAAACGGCUGCAAGGGCUGUGGAAGACUCCCAAGGGCGGCUUACAGUUGAAGAUAUGCUUGCCCCUGAGACACCGUUAUCGAAGCUUCCAUACAUCAAGGCUGAUCUACCGCGUGAGUUGGCUUUGUUGGAUAUAGAUCGCUCUCUACCGAAAUUGAGCACGUUACCCUCCACGGGGGAUGAUGAUGAUAUAUUCAGCUCUCGGGCGUCGAUUGAUUCGGUCUUUCAUUCGGGCAAUAAGAACUCCGACUCUGUUGAUGUCUUACUUGUAGGAUUCAACGAUGGCACUAUUCAUAUACGGAUAUUCGAUUCAUUUGAAAUAGGCUCUAUAAAUGUUCGAAAGUCAUUUGAUAACUCUGCGGAUGCACGCGCCCUCGUUCAUGCAUCCCACCCAAUGAGCUCGACACAUGCUUUUCUGUUUGCCACCAAUUCCCGAGAAAGCGAGCGCCUAUGGAUCUUUUCCUUGGAUCUUCUAUUUAUCACUAAGUCCGGAAGAUAUCUCUCCGUGCUGGCCUCUAAAGUGACACAGUUACAGAACCUUCUACGGUAUAUUAAGCAAGUGCAGGCACAAAUUCAUUUAGAGUGGAAGAAUGCCCAAGAUUUACCGGGGCGAUAUCUCAGGAACAUAAAUGAAGACUUGCAGGAAAAGCUAAUGUGCGAUUUUGUCACUGCUGCUUACCAUUUGGCUGUCACUGGUGACUGCUUCGAGCCUCUUAAGGAAUUUCUGGUGGAUCAAGUAGGCGAAAGGGGUCAUAAACGAUGGGAAAAGGCAGUUCUUGGUGGGUACGAAACGACCAGACGCUUGAUUCAUGAGUGCCUUCUACCAGCGCUAGAGAGGUGCAGUGUUCUCCUUAGCCGCUUGAUAGGGCUGUCAAAGUUCCACAAGCUGAGCCCAGUACUGGGCCUGGAUACGACAGAUCUCAAAGAAUGUCUCGCCACAAUUGAUUGCCUCACGCUCCUAGGACAUAAAGUCAUGGUAAACAGCGGACACGAACUUGUUCAAUUCUUCGCGUUUUCUCGGUGGUUGCGAUAUGAGAUCGACCUUCAGGGCGCGGAUCCUCUAUCUUCCACUGCGGAAGAACUAAUGGAAAAAGCGGAUGCAAUUGACCAUGCACAAACCUUGAGUUAUAUCCAAGGGGCUUUGACGCGAAGUGCUUUACUCGAUUUUAUUCAACCAAGUACACAAGAACCGGGCAAUAAUCGAUGGAGAAGUGUUGAUGAAGGUGGUGUGUUCUAUGAGAAUUACAAGAAGAUAUUACAGAAGCUGGACAAGCGGAAGGCUGGAGAGGUCGUGGAGGCCCCGAUGCUGAGUGACCUUACCGACCGGCUAAGCGUCCAGUUCGAAAGGGUAUUCAGGCGCAUCGCCGAAACACAACGAAGGAGCAUUUUAGAAAGAAGUAUCCGGAGUUUGGGCAAAGACUUCGGCCAAGAAACUGUCGACAUGACGAUGAAUUAUUGGAAUGACGAAGGCACACCCGCGGUUUCAGUUUUCGCAGCAGCGAGAUCUAAAACAUGCCCUUUCAUCCUCUACCUCGAGCGUGCUGUUCUCACCACUAUCAAUGGGGUGAGCUCGACAGAGACUCUUCUUACGGCGACGAUCAGUCUCCGACAAGGCACUAUCAUGGAUGUUAAGUUUGUUGAAGACGGAACGAUCAUGCUCCUCUGGUCCGAUGGAAAUAUACCAGGGGCAAAGCACCUCAUUCAUUUUCCAUACCAACCUGAUAAGGAUCCUUUAUUCUCACCCAAAUAUGUAAAGGAUGGCAACUCUGAUCAACCGCCGCCAUCGGACCGAAUCACUCACCUCGACAUAUUUGAUCCUCGAUCGCACCACGUGACCUUUGUGCGGCAUACAUUUCCACAAGAUAAAAAUAGGGACCCGCUGCGCAUAGAAGUAAACGGCCGCCGGGGCAGGAGAGUUGUUUGCGCUCUAUACUCGGACAGACAGUGGUAUUCUGUCUUUGACAUCGACAGCAUGGACGAUAGAGAUGAUGAAGAAAAUGACGCCAGUGGAGAAGAAGAAAUGGGAGAGAAGUUCGAUGAACAGGCUGAUGAACAGAGAGAUGAUAUUAUGUCCGGAUGAUCACUUCCACAUAGCUACGAUAGAAAAAAGCCACUCUAUGACACAU